CGGAUCUUUUCAAGAUACAUGAACUGUGCAUCCCUUGCGCUCUUGCGCUUGCAAAGGCAAGCAAGCACAAUAAUUUGUAAUUCGGGAAGAGCAUCCACAAUCCGUGAUGAUCGAGAGAUCCAGCACGAGUGGAGUCAGUCAUACCAUACUGCACUACCCUCUCUUCUUGAUUGAUCCAUCCUCUGCUGAACAUCCUUGAAAGCCCCGGAAAGCAGCUAUUGAAGGAAGAGUCCUUUGGAUACUAUCUAGCUAGCUACCGUACCGUAGUAGUUCCAUUUCUUUUGUGGCAAUUGAUUGAGACAAAGCGCACCCGAGAGCGUGACUAGCCUUCUCUUUGCGGUAGAAUCCUGUUUGCACACUUGCAGUCCUGAAACAGGAGCAAUCUUCCAACCACCAUCCACUCCACCUGCUGGUGUCAGAGUACCAGUAGACACUCCAAAGUGAGGCCAGCACUACGUCAUUUCAUCAGAUAGAUUGACAAUUUCGGUUGGUGGUAGGAGUUGAACUGCCAAAGCUGCCGACGAAGAUCAGGACGACGAAGAGGAAGAAGCAAACCUGCCAAAAGCAGACGCUCUGGCUAUCGGGGAGUGAGAGGUCUCUUCAGUACACACCUACAAGACGAACAAUUCAUUCUACUCGAGGUAGCAGGAGGAAGAAGAAUGGACAACAACAACAACAAUACUAACAACAACCCGGGGGGUGAAGUGCUGGCUCCUUGGGAUCCCAUGAAUAUGAAUCCCAACAACCUGGAUGCCACUCAGGCUGCGGCAUGGCGUGAACGUGAACGUCGACAACGAACGAUUCGUUUGUUGAUGAUGUUUCUGCUCAUGCUGCUCUUGAUGGACUCGGAAGAACAAUCGGCGCGCAAACGAGCCGAGCCACGACAUAAACGCAAUCAUCACAAGGCCCAUCUAUCUGCUCAAGUCUUUGGAGCAAGGCAGACCCAGGAAUUGAAGCUACUAGAAUUGACGCAAACACAUUUGCGUUACAAGCAAUUGAUGGAAAAGAAUGGCGCUAAAGAUGUACCUGUCGAUGUCAAACUGUGGGCCCAACAACAGGCCGAAAUUGUCAAGGACGAAUUUGUCGCCGCAUCCAAUCCUCAGCAUGAUGCUCAUCAACAAGCCACCACUCAGCAAGAAGAACACGAUCCUGAACAAGACAAGACUGUAUUUCACUAUCCAUGGAACGCCACCGGAUUUUAUCGUGGAGAAUGGAUACGAGAAGACGAUCAGACCGAAGAAGGGGAACGGAAGGAAGAUGGAACCGAUACUCAAGAUGCCUCAACUACGGCGUCGGACGUAAACACGCGUUCGUCGUCUACUAUUAAUAGUGCUGCCACCAACGCCAACUCUAUCAAAACAACUGAACGACGAAACAAAGAAACGUAUGAGGAAGAAGUUGUCAUCCCCACGCAAUACAUUGACGCCGUCGCACUCGAAUCGGAAAUGUUACAAACCAUGAAAGAACGCAACGAAGGACUCGGCGUCUUUUUGUUGCCCCCUGGAAAAGAAGUCAUCUUACGUUAUGAUCAGAGCAAUUUUACAAACUUUGAUUGGCAGCGAUAUUCGUCGUCGCCUCCCAAGGGCGCCGAUCAUUACUACAUGCGAACGGGAGGAGCGUCAGCAUCGUCAUCAUCCACCACUAAAACUCACAAGGACGGAUAUCACACGGCUGGUGGUGGUAGUGACAGCAGCAGUGCUUCCCUCAUGUCGACCCACGCCAAUCCUUCCACAGUGAAUGCCAAGGUCACAUUGACAAAAGGAUCGGGCCGUGCUGCCUUUCAAUUGUUCUCGCGAUCCAUUCCAGCCAUGCAAGAAAUCUCGCUUGUCGAUGGAUUCCUCAAAUUGUACGAUUCCAACAUGCCGGGAUAUUCCACGCACAAGGACAUUUUGUUGCGGGUGCGGGGAGUCUUGAUUCAUUCCAUUGGACGCAUGUCCUUGGUCUCCAAUGCGGGACCGGGACGCAGUGUCCUGGUACUCAGUGAUGAGAAGGAUGGAACCAGCAUUCAGCAUCAUGUCGACGAUGCGGCAGAUGGAAACGCCAGUGAGGAGGAGGAAGAAGACGAAGAACCGGAUCUCGGACAUCGACGUCGACGACUGGAAGAGGAGUUGGCCAAGAUUGGGGAUACGACGACGAAACCAUCCUCCAACAACAAUAACCAGGAUGUUUUGAACAUGAAUCAAAUUCGUGAUGACGCCAUUGCUCUUUUCGAUGGGUCCUCAUCCGCGACAACAUCCUCCAAGAAAAAACGCGGAAAGAAGGGACUGAUCGCCAAAAAGUCGGGGACAAUCAAUCGGUUCAAAUUCGAGACACCCAAUUAUGAGGAACAAUCGGCACAGGGAGAAGUGGAUGCCACGGAAGAAACUGCUGCUAGUGAUGUUCACGACGGCGACGAGGAUCCAUCUCCUCGCGUCGCCAUUAUCAAGGAGCGAAGGACCCAAGUAGUGGAUGAUACGAGAGUUCCGGGAGAUGAAGAUAUUCUGGACCAUCACCCCAACAACACCGACGAAGAAGAGGAAACGAAUUCACCAGGAAAAUUCACUUGGUCCAACGUUGUCAUUCCGUAUCCAUUUGUGGUGGACGAUGAAGACGAAUCCAUUCGAAAAGCGAAGACUCCGGCAGCAAGGAAGAUGCCUCCUCGGGAACAACUGCUUGAGCGUAAUGCUGGUAUUUGCGAAUUCGAGGUCACCAUGGAUACCAAAGAAGUGGAAUGGACCGUAGGCGAAUGGCGAAAAUUGGUCGGUCGUCGAGUCAAGGAGACUAUGGACCUAAACCCUGCCAACCAUCCAUUGCAGACGGAGAAUGAAGACUCCGUUGAAGAGCACCGCAGUGAUCGCAAAAGCCACAGGAUGGGCUACGGUGGUUCUUCGAAAUCGUCAAAGUCAUCUCGCGAACAUCACAAUCGGAAACCAAUUCAAGAUCAAGCCCUCAUCAUGACCAUGACUGGAUCCAUCCAUUCACCCAACUGUGACUUUACUGCCUCUCUGAAUGUGACGGCUCUGAGGACUGAUUGGGAGCACACCACGGGCAAGGCAAUCAAUUACAGCUUUUACAUGAUGCUGACGUGUCUCACUCAAAUCAUGGUUCUACUGAGACAACUAUUGCACACGCAAGCACAAUCGGCCGCGACGCGAGUGUCGCUUCUGUGCAUUGGCUGGCAAACAGUGUUGGACGCGUUGCUAUGUUUGGGCCAUAUCUAUUUGAGCCUCGCCAUGCAGCCUCUUUUCACUGCAUUUGCCAGUGUGGCGUUCUUCAAACUACUCAUAUUCUGUGUGAUAGAAAUGAAGUACAUGGCGCUGAUAAUACAAGCAAGGAACAGCAGCAACGGUGGGAACUCGACCGAGUUGCUUCGGAGACAAGUGGCCAUGUUACAUCUCCGUUUCUAUGUGGCACUCUUUGGUGCCUUUCUGGCAUUCUUCUACGCUGGAGACAAGUACCGCAUCCCUUACAACCUUGUACUGUAUUCGUUCUGGGUUCCUCAAAUUGUUCAAAAUGUCAUCACGGAGGCGAAGCGUCCCAUGCACAACUACUACAUCUACGGUAUGAGUUUGACGAGGCUAGUCGCGCCGCUGUACAUUUUUGCCGUCCCGAACAACUUCCUGAAGGAAGUGUACCCGGAGAGCCCAACGGAUUUGUACAUGUGCGAGCUACUAGUGCUGUGGGUUGGGAUUCAAGCGGCUGUUCUGAUUGCACAGGGCAAGUAUGGAGCACGGUUCAUGAUCCCGGCGCGUUUCUUGCCCCCCAAGUUUGACUACAGUCGACCAAUCCCUACGUCAAUGUUGCCUCCCGGGGCUACUCAAGAAGAAAUGCCACUUCGACAAGGUCGAAACCAAGAAAACUCGUCGAGUCUGCCAGAACCCCAAUCGUUGCUGAGUAACGAUCGGCAUCCUACCACUCGAAAUCGAAUUAAGGGAAGCAGGGUCAAUCGUCCCGAGAGCACAAUGACGGCUGAAACUGUAGUGAAUGACACGAACGCGCAGGCUUCGGGGCACACUCUUGACUGUGUCAUUUGCUACAACCCCAUCGACGUGCAUAACCGCCGGGGUUACAUGCUGGCACCAUGUGAUCACAUAUUUCACAAGGAUUGCCUGGUCCAGUGGAUGGAUGUGAAAAUGGAGUGCCCGAUAUGCAGGACCGAGCUUCCAUCCUUGUAGCUACAGAACGAUGAGCGAUGAGCGUUCACGUCUUACAUCAAGUAACAAUACAGCAGAAAUACAAUUGUUAAACACUGAAAGUAGCUGGUGCUAGCCAGCAUGCUACUACGGUACCAUAGCACUACCGGGU